AAGCGUUAUUGAAGAUUGGUGAAUCACGAAAUGGCGACCAUUUCGGAGUUAUUGCGUAGAAACUAGAAGCUAUUUCUCUUUUAAUCUGCUAAAUUUCGUAUUUUUGUAGAUAUCAUUUGAUAAGUUUAACGUAAAAAGCAUUAAACUAAUAAUUUUGAAAUCGCGCCAUAAUUUACUUUUUUCAUUUGACUUUUUUUAUUUCGCCCUCUUUUUUUUUAAUUAAAAAAAAACAAACGCCAAAGGAAAUUCAUUUUUGAACUUAUAGGCGAAAAUUAAAGUGAACACAUACUGUUAAAUACCAGGAUAAUUCCGCUACAAUUAUGGCAGAUGAGGAGAGAUUUGUUAAUGUCGUGCCGUAUAGUAAAAUAAAGCAAGAAAUAAUUGUAAAUGAUGAAGAUGAUGUGGUCAAUUGUCGCCUAUGCGGAAAAGGUUUUGUAAGUCAAAUAGCACUGACAAACCACGCUCGAAUGGAGCACAUAGAUUCUUACGCAACUGGUGAUCCAAGUAUUUGGACGGAAACAAAGAUAUUCAUCAACAAUGAAAAGCCCAUACCAAAUGGAAAGAUGAAAAUUGAUGAGGACCUUGUUAAAAUUAAAACCGAAGAAGUUAUAUCCUCGUUAGAGCCGACCAACAUAAUGGACCUGGCCUCUAAAGACGUCAGCUACAUAAUCCUGAAGGCGGACGGAACUCAACCCAAGAAGAAAAAACCUGAAGCCAAGAGUGAGAAAGUGCAGAAGAUAGCAUCAAGGAGAAACAGAGAAACGAAAGUUAUUACAGGCCCAUUUGAAUGUCUUCAGCCGUCUACGUGUCAGCAGCUGACCGGCGGCGAUGGUCUCUGUCAUCAGAUCUUCUUCUCAUGUUGUGAAUAUUCUCUGCACCACCGAGAUGAGCACACUAAGAGGCGGAAAGGAAUUCGCUGUCAAGUCUGCGAGAAACCAAUGUCUGUAGAUGCUGUACAGUUUCCUUUCAACUGUGAGACAUGCGGCGAAGGCUUCCACGAUGAGAACGAAUAUAUAACUCACACCGCUAUAGGGCACGUGAAACUGAAGCCGUUUGAAUGUAACAUUUGUCAUAAAAGAUUCACUCAACAGGGUGGCCUCAUGCAACACAUGAGGAUGCAUACGGGUGACCGUCCCUACCCGUGCAAUUACUGCCCAAAAUCCUUCACCCAGAAGUCCGGACUGGACCAGCACCUCCGGAUUCACACUAAAGUGAAGCCUUAUCGCUGCGUCAUCUGCUCGAAGACGUUCUGCCAAUCGGUCCACUUGAAGCAACACAUGAGAACGCACACAAACGUGGCCCCGUUCCAAUGCGGCAUCUGCGAGAAACGCUACAAGCAGAGCAGCCAUUUAAAUUACCACCUGAAGAACCACAAUCCGGCCAAUUUGACAGAGGAACAACGUGCUAAAUACGCUGAACUCAUCGGACUGAUAAGCAAGGAAGUUGUCGAAGUCCAAAUCGAUUCAAACGAACAGAUAUUGCCCUAUGAUAAUUCUAACAUGGUCACCGACGAGCAAUUCGUGCAAACUUGGGCGGAGCAGAAUUGUCAGAGUUGAGUGUGAAUUUAGUGUGCUGAUUGUGAAUAUAUAGGAACUAUCUGUAUAUAGGAGAUUGGACCACCAUCUUUAGAAAGUGUACAUUUUUUAUGCUAACAUAAUACAGAUAAAAAAAAAUCCUACUUAUGCUGUUUGCCUCUCAAGGCUAUUUCAGCUUCUCCUUGAUGUGUAGGUGAGUUCACGGGGCUCAAACCGGGAGUGUUGCUAACACUGACCCUAACGACAGCAGUGCUUCGCAGAAUCUACCACCGGAUCGGAAUCGCGACCCACUGAGAAGAUCCGGCGAGAAACUCAGUGGGCUGUGUCUGAGAGUUAAUUUACUCGUCGAGCCCUUCGUCGCAAGCGACGAAGGGCUCGACGAAAACGGUGACCCGUGCUUGAAGUACCUAGAAGCACCGUUAGUGCAUCGGGAGGAUCCGAGAUGACGUGUUUUGGGCGACGUCGACUGUUUUCCAUUCUGUCCGCAGCAUCGGGAAUGUCGUAAUCUUGUUGGGGCAUGUGAGCUCUAUAAACGGACCAGAAAUUAUGCAGACCGAUUUUGUCUGCUCCUAAUAUUGUACUCUCUGUCUUCGGUCAUGAUUUUGCCGAUAUAUCAGGAGCUCAUUUAAAUGGAAAAUAGUAGUAGGAACUCUUUAAAUUAAAUAUAAUAGAGAUAUUAUGUGAAAAAGGUUUUAAAGUUAGAUUUCUUAAUGUGAGUCGUCUAAGUGUAAUUGUCUAAGAAGCCCACGAAUGGACAAACAAUGUCACAGACCGAUCUGUGUAGACUUAGAUUUUGUGAGAAUUUGCAAUUCGGUUGAGUGUAAUUAUAAUUUUUAAAAGUAAUGCAAUUUUAGUGUUUACGGUAUGUAAGUAUGUAAGUAAUAGAAAAAGUUUGUGUACUAGCUCAUGAGAAAUCUUUCUAUUAUUUUUUUAUAACUAAGAUGGAUACACCUAAUGUUAAGUGGUUACCGGAGCCCAUAGACAUCAACCAUGCUAAUGCACAGACCAUCUUGAGACAUGAGUCCUAAGUCUCAGUUUAUAUAGCACUACGGCUGCUCCAGUGUUCAGAAUAAAACUGCUAUAGGCAGAAAUUGGCAAGAAGAUGGUACCUACCCUUGCUAGAUCACAAAAAACCCACCCACCAAUGAAUCCUUGUCUAUUUCUGUUCUUCAGAUCCAUUCUGAAACAUUCCAAUAGUAAGUGUGAUCGCAGUAUGGCUCCAUUGGUCUCAACAGUGUCCGUGGGAAGAGAUUGCUUACUAGACCGACUAUGCACAUAUGAAAUUCAACAAAAAAUGUACUCAGUCUAUACACUAUUAUAAUUAUGGGCUGUUAGUUUGUUUAUUUAAUAAAUCUUUAUAUAUAUAAUUCUACUGUACGUGUGUAAGUCACUGAACUCCUCUUAAACGACUGGAUUGAUUUGAAUGAUUUUUUUUGUAUGCGUUUGGGUGGCGCCCUGGAUGGUUUAGAUUCGCAAAUGAGCCCGGCAGAUGGCGCUGUUGAUGGUUAUCUAGGUUAUUUAUCUAUACGGCAACUAAACGGCUGGAACGAUUUGAAUGAAUUUUUGUGUAUGCAUUCAUAGGACGUUCGCUAGUUCGCAAUAUAUAUAUUAUUGCUUAGGUGGGUGGACGAGCUCACAGCCCACCUGGUGUUAAGUGGUACUAGAGCCCAUAGAUAUCCACAACGUAAAUGCGCCAGCCACCUUGAGAUAUAAGUUCUAAGGUCUCAGUAUAGUUACAACGGCUGCCCCACCCCAAACCGAAACGCAUUACUGCUUCACGGCAGAAAUAGGCAGGGCGGUGGUACCUACCCGUGCGGACUCACAAAAGGUCAUACCACCAAUAAAUUGAUUAUAUUUAGUGCUGUCAAAUUUAAAUUAUUGUUAACAAAAGUAGGUAACGAUUGUUUGAUCAUAGAUUUUAAUGUAAUAGAAUAUUUUGUCUAUGGUUUUUUUUUAAUAUAGUGCCGUUGAAUUUAUUUUUAAACUUGCUACAAGCUAAAAAGAUGCAAUGUAAUUAUAAAUAAGUCUUGUAAUUUUUUAUUUUAUUUUUAAAUAUAAAAAAAGUUGUACCGUAAUUCAUUUAUAUACAUACUUAAAUAAUUAAGUCGUAUUAAAAUGUCAUGUUUGUCUUCUCUGAAUGUACAGCUUAGUGUUAUAUUUAAGAUUUGUUUUAAAAAAUACAGAUUUUUUUUAACACUUAA